AUAGUCUGUAAAAUUUACUGUCAGUCAAUUUGAGAAUCUUUUAUACCUAUCAAUGGCUGCUGUAAUUGUUAUAUUAGUUACUUUUCGCCGGAUGGAUAGUGUUGAAGUUGUAAUAUAUAAUUGAUUUAUUGUGAAACCUUCGCAUGCACUUAUAUUAACAAAAAAAUAAAAAGUAACCCAAAACAUUUUAAGAAGAUAAAGUCGAUUUAAUAAAUUAAGGACCCGUAUAGCUGCAAUAAUCUGUUGUUAUUUGUAAAAUAUUGUUGCUACGGCUAUUUUUCGCUUUAGGAUGACUUCCUAUGUUGAUAUGAGUUUAGAAGAUAUUAUUAAAAAGAAGAGAGAAAAUUCAAGAGUCAAGAGAAGUAAAGCAAAAGCGCAACCACCUCCUCAGAAGGCUCCAAUGGCCGAUGCCAGAAAUAAAAUAAUAUCAAAGAAAAGAACCCAAAUAACUGAUGCUAGAGAAAAGCUGGCGCAACUUGCAAAACAAAAAGAUGCACGUUUCAAACUAGAAAAGCUUCGGCUGGAAAGAGCAAGGAUUCAGGGAGCUGUGAACUCUAUCCCAAAUAAAUUUCAAAACCGAGGAAAGUUUAAUAGGAUGCCACCACCACCACACAAGGAGCGAGUUUUUACAGAUGUGUCAAGGCAGGUAGUUUCCCAGCCAUUACAUGUAUCUAAAAACAGUGGUAGGCGUCAAGUGAACACUGGAAGAUUUUUUGAGGGUAGGUCAAUUGACAAGACAAAAUUAUUCGAUUAUGAACACAAAAUGAAACCUAAACCCAUACUUAGAACUGUGGAAAAUGAUUUGGAAAUCAUUGAUGACCCAAUGGAAGAUGAAUAUGUGCCACCCAAGGUAUCAGCACUAAAUAGGAAAGCAAGUUUGCAGCUCAAGAUUACAGCUCACAACAAUGAUCUGCGUGAUCAGAGAAUAUCUAGUGUUCAGAGGUCUGCUGUAAUAGAAAAAGAAUCAAGUCCACCAAGACCUCCCUCAAUUCUCAAGAAACGUCCUAUGGCAGCCCUAAAAAGUGACUCUCCAAAACCACAAAAACCAGAUAAACCUGUUUUAGAAUACAGAAUAAUUGUGAGCAACUUACGUAACACAGUUACUGCUGGAGAUAUAGAGGAAUUAUUUGGUGAUGUUGGGGGUAUGCUAGAGUCGCGAUUAGUUCGCCCCGGCACUGCAGAAGUCAUUUAUAAAACACAAGAAGAUGCACAGAAAGCUGUUGAUUUGUAUCAUAAUCGGCAAUUGGACUGCCAGCCUAUGAAUUGUCUCCUUGUUACUCCAAGAUCACCAGCAUCAACUGCCAGAAGCAGUAAUAAGCCUGCCUUGUACAGUACCAACUCAAAUGUAGAACCUGAUAUUUCUACUUUUCAUAAAGUAUUGUUUAGCAAUUUGUAAAGUGUUGUGUUAAGUCUUCAUACUUAAAUUGUAACCACAAAUUACGAAUACGAGUCAAUAUCAAAGUGUUCACUGAGAUGACAUCCACAUUAUGGAUGUAACCAUGAUUUUGCUACUAAAUGUAUGUAUGAUUUCAACUGGCAGUUAUUGUUUUGAAUCACCUAUGAAUAUCUGUAGUCCUUUGUGAGUUCUAGUGAUUACUUAUUAUUAUCAAUUUACAUUCGAAUGUUCCUGGUAAAAUAGAAACAGGAAAAAAUAAGGAUAACAAGCCAGGUAUAAUAUUGAAAAAUCAAUCUUUCUGUCAUGAUCUAUAAUCUAACUAGAAAUAUGAGCAUUGAAAGACUAUGCAUAUACAUAUUUUAAGAUAGGCAUUAAAAUAAUUUGACUGUCUUCGUGUUGUUCAUAGAUAAAAUACACGUUUUAACAUAGAAUUUGAUUAAUUACAUAUUUGAUUAGAUACAUUAAUUAUUGAAAUAUACAUAGGUAGGUUUAUUGUAGACUUAAACGUACUACGAAAAUGGUAGUUGAAUCUGAACUUUUCGCUGAAGUGUAACAAGUUUUCCUUGUUCUUCACAUCCCUUACAAUAUUAGUAGAAAUAAGUAUUAUGCAGAAACAUAGAUCCAUAAUCCAAAUAAUACGUUUAAGUCUAUUUAUAAAUCUGUCUAAGAUUAGACUUUACUCUAAAACUUAAGUUUACCAUGAGUAAAAUAAGUAAUAUCAAUGUGAGUUACUGUAUAUUAAUGGCUGCAUCUAUUAAAUUAGUUAACUAAAUCAAUUGGGUAUUGCCAUAAAAACAUUUUAUAAAUCUUUUUUGUACUUACAAACCAAAUUUAGCUAAGUUUGAUAAAUAAAAAUCUGUGUGGUCAACUUUACUCAAUAAACAGGAGUAAUGAAAAUAAUCAAACCCCAAUACCCAAUUGAUGAAAUCUCUGAUCACUGUCUUCAAACCCUGUAUUUCAUUAUUUGAGUAAUUUGAUAAUAAAAAAAUAUAAACUUGU